AAGUUUUAGUAUAAAGAGUACAUAAUGGUUGUUACAUCUGGUAAAGAUGAAGAUGAAAAAUUUCCUAGAAUGACACCAAGUGUUUUAAAGAAAAUUUGCAAAGAUUUGAAACUAUAUCAAACACCAUCAUUAAACGAUGUUCUUUACUUACACUACAAAGGCUUCGGACGCAUUGAAAAUCUUGAAGAAUAUACAGGUCUCAAAUGUUUGUGGUUAGAAUGUAAUGGGUUGAAUAAAAUUGAAAAUUUAGAUCACCAAUUUCACUUAAAAUGUUUAUAUCUCCAUCAAAAUCUUAUUUCUUACAUUGAAAAUUUAGAAAAUUUAACUGAGUUAGAUACUUUAAAUAUUUCCAAUAAUUGCAUUAAAAAAAUUGAAAAUCUAUCAUGCUUAAAACUUCUUAACACUCUUCAAAUCAGUCACAAUCAUCUAAGUACUGCUAAAGAUAUUGAGCACUUAUCUGAUUGCUUAAAUAUAAGUGUGUUAGAUUUAUCUCAUAACAGAUUAUCCGAUCCCCAAAUUACUGAUGUUUUAGGAGCAAUGUCAAAUUUGCGUGUUUUAAAUUUAAUGGGCAAUCCUGUUAUAAAUGAAAUUCGAAAUUAUCGUAAAAGUUUAAUUUUAAAAUGCAAAAACUUAAGGUACUUGGAUGAUCGACCUGUUUUUCCAAAAGAAAGAGCCUGUGCUGAAGCUUGGUUUGUGGGUGGCCAAGAGGCUGAAGCUAUAGAGCGUGAAAAUUGGAGUAAUAAAGAAAAGAAAAGGAUUCAAGAUUCUGUAGAUUAUGUUGCAAGCAUUCGCAACAAAGCAAAAAAAGAUGCUUUUUUAGAUAAGAAAGAAAAUAAUGAAAAGAAUAAUCUUGAAGGAGACACAAAUCUUUCCGACAAAGAAGAAGAUUAUACUAAUGUGAAUGAGACUAAUAUCCCUGAACUUGAGGAAAUUGAUUUUAGUUUGAGUACAACUAAUAUUCCCAACUUUAAAGAAAUUGAUACAAUUAACUUACAAAAUGAAAAAGCUCCUAUCAAGCAAGAUUUAUUUGAAAAUACACUUCCCUUUUCUUAUAGCAAACAAAUUGAAAAUAAAAAUGGCUUUAACGAUAACGACAUCAAUAUAAACUGUAACAAUAAUAGCGAUGAUUAUGAUUCAAAUUACAUUGCAUAUCCUUCCAAUUGCUCUCCAUCAAUACCUGAAGUAAAAUCGUCAAAUCGUUUUUCCAGUUCCACAGAAGAAGCAGAGUUUUUUAAUAACUUAGAAAAACUAGCAGGUUUUAAUAACUUUGAUUCAUUUCACAGUUUGUCUUCUCACACAAACAAUGAAACAGGAAUUUUUACUUCUCCUAUUAGAAAUGCCAGCACAAAAAAAUCGCAUUUAUUGUUUGUUAAUGAACAAGAAGAAGUCAUCCAAAAUGCUGAAAAUGUUUGUGACAAUUAUAUAAAAGAGGAACCACUAACUACAAAUAGGGGGUUUUUCAUUCAAGAGUUAGAAACACGCAGAAAUGUAGAAAAACACGCAGAAACACCGAAACAUUUACGCAGAAAUGUUAACACCGAAAAACAUGUUAGUCAUGAAAAUAUAAAGAAAAGAGAAGAAAAAAUUGAAGUUGAGAAGUGGGCCAUAAAAACAAACAAAUUUCCAUUGAUUGAAGAAAUAAGUUCUGAAAAUGAAAUUGAUUAAAGAUAAUAAAACUAAGUCUUCUUUUUAAUAGACACGGUUUUAGAUUUUAAACAAGAUUGUGUUUUCAACUUAGUAAUAAUGUUUUACAUUUAAAAAAUAUGUAUUUUCAUAUUCAUAACUAAAUUUAAAUAUUGCCUUA